AUUGUCCGUGAGGACCGCAGCAUGGAGCAGAUCGUAUUCCCUGUUCAUCCCAUCUGUGAGUUCCUGACCAAGGAGUCUAGAUUCCGAGUGUUCAACACCACGGAGCAGGACGAGCAGGGGUCAAAGGUCACGCACUACUUCGAGCAGACCUCCUUCCUGCACGGAGAGAUGGAGUGGCAGAAGAAGCUGAGGAGUAUGCCGGUGCUGUACUGGUUCUCCAGGAGGAUGUCUCUGUGGGGGACCAUCUCCUUCAGGCUAGCGGUCUACAUCAACCUCAUCAUCGCUCUGUUUUACCCCUACAGUUCUGGACAAGGUACGAGAACUGCUGCAGUCGGAGGACGAACGGCACAAAGAACACAGAACGCUUCAAAGAUUAAAACUAGACCGCAUAAA